AUGAACCAAAACGAAAAAGACCAAUUAAUCAAAUCUCUCCAAACCAAAAUCCGAGAACUGGAACAAAAAUUAGAGGAAUACAGCCAGGGCGGAAUAAAAAUCCUCUUUUCGGGCAAAGCCAACGCCCAAAGAGUAGCCCGUAAAGUUAAACCCCGCACUUUACGCGAAAUCCCAGAAUUAAGCCUCGGCAGCGAGGAACAAAAAUCCCAAAACCUAGUCAUUGAAGGCGAUAAUUUACUCGCUAUGGCUACUCUCUAUCAAUACCAUGGUAAAAUCGACCUGAUAAUCGCUGACCCACCUUAUAAUACCGGUAAAGAUUUUCGUUAUAAUGACCUUUAUGCUAAAAAUCUGGAAAAAGCAGAAACUAGUUUAAUGCCUCGAACUGAGAAGUAUUUAAAACAAUUCAAAAACCCGGAUAAAGACCGGCGGGGAACUUGGGUUGUCGGCGACCCAAGUUCCCAAACUCCUACUUAUAAUAUGGUUUAUGCUCUCCAAAACCCUUUUACUGGAGAAAUUCAUUAUCCACCGAGGGGCUGCUGGACUUUCCCAAAAUCACGAAUGAAAAGUUUCUCAAUGAAAAAUAUUGAAAGUCCUCUCAACGACCCCGCAAUUCAAGCCUCCUCGCAAAAGGCUUAUCAAAUUUUAGAAAAAGGAAAGGAGGAUUAUGAAAAUCCGAUUGAAUUAGGAGUGUCUGGAACCACGGCAGCCGCGAGUAGUGAAAUAGCUCGGUCGGUAGGGUCCGGACAUGUUUUAGACCCUUUUGGAGGUAGCGGAACCACCGGACAUGCGGUUUUACAACUAAAUAAAGAAACUGCCGACCAAAAAGAACAUGAACCACUAGGUGGAGGAUUUAAAUUUACUACGCUGGAUAAGCAAAUUAACAACCAAGCCAUUUUACAAAUGGAAAGAAACGAAUUAAUUGAUACCAUAAUUGCUAGUCGGAUUGAUAAAUAUCAGCAAAAAUAUCAAAACUUACAAAUCCUAAAAAGUGAGAAUUAUCGUUAUUUAAUUGCUAAAGAUAGCAAUCAGGAAGGAUUUUUUUUAAUUUGGGAUGGACCGAACCAAAAUGUCAAUUUUACCAAAGGAGUUUAUCAAAAAGUAGUCCAAGAAGCCACCGAAAAUAAUUUAAAACCUCCUUAUCAUGUUUACGCUCGGCUUUAUUUAUGCCAAGUAGACACCAAAGCACCAAGGCUUCCGAUGAGAAGACCGGAACAUAUCAAGCUAAACACUACCUUUCUGGCACUUGAUUUAAGAAAGUGGAAAAAUAUGUUGGUUAAAAUCCUCUCCAAGAAUAACAUUAAACGACAAGUAGAACCCAAACAAACUUUAAGCAUUACCAUACCCAUUAGUCUUUAUCAAAAAUUACAACAAGAAAUAGGAAAAGGCAAAAUUAGUAAAUUUAUUAAAAACUUGGUCGAAAAAGAACUAAGCGAAGAAGAGGAAAAAUUAGCUCAAGCCUAUAAAAAGUGCUAUGCCAAUAACCCUCAAUUACUAGAAGAAGCUAAAUUGUGA